CCCCCGCAGGCGUGUGUGUCGUGUGGGUUUGGGGCCCCGCGCGGUUGCGCGCGCCCUCGGCCUUUGCGCCUCCCGCAGCCCCGGCGCCCCUCGCCCCGCUGGGCGUCGUGCGCCAGCAUGGGCCAGGAAGAGGAGCUGCUGAGGAUCGCCAGAAAGCUGGAGAAGAUGGUGGCCAGGAAGAACACGGAAGGGGCCCUCGACCUUCUGAAGAAGCUGAACAGCUGUCAGAUGUCCAUCCAGCUACUCCAGACAACCAGGAUUGGAGUCGCCGUUAACGGGGUCCGCAAGCACUGCUCAGACAAGGAGGUGGUGUCUUUGGCCAAAGUCCUCAUCAAAAACUGGAAGCGGCUGCUGGACUCCCCUGGACCCCCCAAAGGAGAAAAAAGAGAGGAGAGAGACAAAGCGAAGAAAGAAAAAGGGCUUAACUCUUCUGAUUGGAAGCCAGAGGCAGGCCUUUCUCCACCAAGGAAAAAACGGGAAGAUCCCAAAGACAGGAGAGACUCUGUGGACUCCAAGUCAUCAGCCACCUCCUCUCCAAAAAGGCCAUCGAUGGAAAGAUCAAACAGCAGCAAAUCGAAAGCAGAGACCCCCAAAACACCCACCAGCCCCUCGACCCCCACCUUUGCCCCCUCCAUCUGCCUCCUGGCACCCUGCUAUCUCACAGGGGACUCGGUGCGGGACAAGUGUGUGGAGAUGCUCUCAGCAGCCUUGAAGGCCGAAGAUGAUUACAAGGAUUAUGGAGUCAAUUGUGACAAAAUGGCAUCAGAAAUCGAAGAUCAUAUCUACCAGGAGCUCAAGAGCACGGACAUGAAGUACCGGAACCGGGUACGCAGCCGGAUCAGCAACCUCAAGGACCCCAGGAACCCCAGCCUGAGGAGGAAUGUGCUCAGCGGGGCCAUCUCUGCUGGGCUCAUUGCCAAGAUGACGGCAGAGGAAAUGGCCAGUGAUGAGCUGAGGGAACUGAGGAAUGCCAUGACCCAGGAGGCUAUCCGUGAGCACCAGAUGGCCAAGACUGGCGGCACCACCACUGACCUCUUCCAGUGCAGCAAGUGCAAGAAGAAGAAUUGUACCUACAACCAGGUGCAGACACGCAGUGCUGAUGAGCCCAUGACUACCUUUGUCUUAUGCAAUGAAUGUGGCAAUCGCUGGAAGGUCUGUAUGUCUUGUCUGGUACAGAAUAGAGACAUGUUCAGUGACUGUGGGCCUCGCAAUGCCUUUAAGUAG